AUUCGUACUACUUUGAAAAACGAUGAUUUUUGAGAAGUAUCAAAGACAUAUGUUACCAAAAAUUACAACAUGGAGAUUACGUAAUCCAGUUUCCUGUGAUUCAAUUCUCAAUACUCAAUUGUCCAAAUCAUUCUAACAGAAGAACGUUUCAAACAUUUCAAGCAGAUUAAAAUAUUCUAAAAUUUAGGAAAACGUGAGUCAGUUUUUGAUUUUCUCCGUCAAAAAUACCGGAAGCUGUCUCGAAAUGGACAAUGGGAACGUAACAUUUUUGCCCACGAAUCCCGACGAUAUUUGGAAGAUAGCGGAGGAAGCGAUUCUUAAUUCGACUCGUUUCUCGCUCGAUCGUCUCAUACACGUGGAUCAACAUCGUGGACCCCUCCUCUUUCACGGAACUAUCGCUACUUGAAGAUCAUCUUCCUGAGUAAAAGCCGCGUGCUAACCGAAUGUCGGCACAGACAGCAUCAUGAGCUUGGUAACGCUAGUGUUUUUAUUGGCGACAGUGUCGAUCACCCUGACGAACUCUCAAGAGACAGGGAUUCCUGACAAGAGUUUGGAUGUGACCCAAGCACCAAUAAAACUGGACAAAAACCUUCGCCGAGCUCUCUUGAAAGCCCUGACCGACUUAGAGGCCGAAUCCGCUGAGCAACGUAAAGAGGAAUCGGAAAGCAUCGCUCAAAGAGACACGAGCGCUUUUGAGAUUGUUGCAAAGAAGAAUCUGAACGAUGAUCUCGGCGUGCAGAAAACUACGUUCUCGUUCAAGAGUUUCCCAAGCGACGACGAUAUACCGAGCGAAGAUAAACUGCAGAAUUCCAGUUUCAUCGACGCCGUUCAUUACGUAACUUUGAAGACACCAAUGAUGAAUAUCGAGAAAGCCACGCAAGAAGACGCUAGGAGCUUUCAUGUGCAGAAUGUGAUACUACCGGUGAAAAAUCCAGCGACCUUCGGAAUCAAAACCGAACCCAAGGUGCAACAGAAAGAGAAAACGACACAAGCCACGUUUUCAGUGAAUAAAGUGGAGAGUUUAACUUUGAAACCAGCAACUGAGAUCUCUGAGAGUUUAGCAAGAAGUGCUUCCAAUGGAAUUGCCACUGCCAAUGCCUUGGUUGCUCCAAAACCAACUGAAAUCACUCCUACGGUGUCAACAAGAAAUAACGUAACAGUGAUUGAGUCUAACGACUCUAAAGACAAAACAGAGGAAGUUAAGAUUUUCCAGGCACCCUUGGUAGCAGCGUUUACCGUGCAACAGGAUGAACAAGGUGUACCCAAAAGCGUGGUUCCAAUAUUUAGAUCUCCCAACGAUGGACAAGCUCUGACUCUCCAAGAGCAGUUGGAAUUUAAACAGCAGCUUCUGGAGAAGCAAUUGGCGGAACUUCAGCAGCAACAGAUCCAGCAGACACAGUUUUUGGUGAGGCAACAGCAAUUGUAUGAGCAACAACUGAGACAGAAGCAACAGCACCAGUUUUAUCUGCAGGAACAAGCUAGAAUUAAGCAACUAGAGGAACAGGCUAGGAUUAAACAAUUAGAAGAACAGACUAGAAUCAAACAGUUGGAGGAGCAAACUAAACUGAAACGAUUGGAAGAACAGGCUAGAUUCAAACAGUUAGAGGAGCAACGUUUUAAGUUUGAGGAGCAGAGACUGAAUAGAUUCCAGCCUCAGCGUCCUAUACCUCAAAAGCAGUCCUUCUUUGAACAGAGCAAUAACAUCUUAACGUUCCAGCCUCCUGUUGAAUCGAACGUUCACCUGCAGCCUAGUUUAGCUCUGGAAGUACCAAACGUUGGAGCGUCUCCAGCUUUCCAGUCAACUUUCCAACCAGACCAACGUCUGCAACCAUUCAGACAACAGCCACAAACACAUCAUCAGCUUCAACAACAGCAACUGCCUCAGUUACCUCAACCACAGCAAUUGCAACAAUUGCAACAACUUCCGCAACCUCAACAAUUGCAGCCACCCCAGCAUCACCAGAGACUGCAACAGAGCUUCGGCUCUUUCUCGAACGAUUUCCAGCCUUCGUUAGCACCUGCGUCGAGGUUUAAUAGACAGGAAGCCUUUAAUUCUAUUGGAAAUUUCGGAUUCAACGUGGAUAAUAAGGCAAAUACCGCAAAUCUUCGCUUUAAUCCUCCACACAGGACUCCAGGGAACUUCUUUUCUUUCACGCAGUUCAAGUCUCAAGCACACCCUCCCACGCCGGCCAGGCAGAUUCAACAGCUUCUUUAUCAGUCUGGAAUCGCCGGAGAUCCGAACAACGCACAAGGGAUUGGAAGUCCUGAAGAUUUGAACAUCGUUUCCAAAGUUCUGGCACUGAACGUGGGCGCCGUGCCGAGUAAGAAUUAGUUCACGACCGUCGUUGGAGAAGACAUCCGCGCGAAGAAAGAAGAAGAAGGAGGCUAAAGUUAGACGAGUCAUGUAAAUCGCUGCAGGACGAUAUUAGCAAGGUGAAAUCGAGCUCCCACUUUUUCCCUUCCUUAUCCCCUUUAGCCGUCUUCCUCAUCUCUAAUCUAACAUAUGUAUCGUGUACGAAUUUUUCUCUACAUAGUGAUGACGAAAAUGACGUGUUAAUCCGUAUUCAUAUUUAUCUUCAGAUAGAUAGAAGUUGGAGAUGUUUUACUAGUUGAGUUUCCGGUCGUCAUUAGAUAUUUGGUUUCUUCCUAGUUCUUCUUGAUAUUGGUACAUGCAUAUUAAAGAUUAGAUACUGAUCAUAAUAGAACUUCAUUUAACUGAACUCAUUGGAGGAUAAAUAGCUCAUAUAACUGGAAUUCAUAUAUUUGAUAAGAGUUUACUUAUUCAGCAGUGCGUUA